AUGUCAUCCAAGGAUAGGAAGGCCAUAGAGAGAAGUGCCAAGCGCCGAAGGACAGAUGCAGUCGCCUCUGGUUUUUCCUUUCUUCUCAAUGCAGCAGAAAAUCCAGCAGUUUACACCAGCGAGCUGGGCAGCUGUUCCUUGGGAUCAAAUGUGCAAGAGGCCAGGGAGCCUGUUGAGAAGAGCAUGCAAGACUUCAGAGGUGACAUUACCCAGAUCCUCAUGGUAGAGAGGAAGCAGUUUGAGAAGGAUAUAAAUGCCUCUUUCAGAUCCCUAUAUGAAAACCUGCAGAGUAUUUUCAAAACCCAGCAGGAGUCAAGGAAGGCCCGUCACUCAGUCUACUCUCAGAUGUUUUGGCCCCUGUACCAGCAGUGGCAGGAGUUGGUGGAGAAAGCAAGGGAGCAAGAAGAAAAACUCGCUCUUAUAAUUCAGCAGCAAAUGAAAAUUUUAGAGGAAGUUAUAGCAGAUCAUGAAGUCAAGCUUGAGAAUGCUAAAGAUAUGUGUGAUACAUUUUGGAAGAAAGCCAAGGACUUGUGUGAUCAUCGCAAAACUUUUAUUGGCAGUCACCAAAGUGAAGUGGAAAGGGAAAUCUCCAAGGCUAAGGACAGAGUUAUCAUGAAAACCCAAGAACAAGAUUUGUCCGUUGUUGAAACAUACCUUCAGUCCCUGAUCCUUGACAGCUCUGAAGAAACCAUCUGAAGCUCACUGUAGGAUGCGCAGGGAGCA